UUCAACAAGGUUUUCAACCGUGCAAUGUCUGAUAUCACCACUAUGUCCACGAAGAAGAUUCUCGAAGACUACAAGGGAUUUGAAGGACUUAAUUCCAUUGUUGAUGUUGGUGGUGGAACUGAGGCUACUAUGAACAUGAUUGUCUCUAAGUAUCCUUCCAUUAAGGGCAUUAACUUUGAUUUGCCAAAUGUUAUUAAAGAUGCUCCAGCUUAUCCAGCUUUCCUUGCUAUCAUACUUGAUAUGUUGGUGCAGGGGAUUUGUCAUGAUUGGAGUGAUGAUCAUUGCCUAAAAUUGUUGAAGAACUGCUAUGAAGCACUUCCUACGAAUGGAAAAGUGAUAAUUGUUAGAGUGCAUACUUCCAGAAGCCCGAGACACAUCAGCUGUAACAAAGAGUAAAGUACAUGGUGAUAUUAUGAUGUUAGCAUAUAACCCAGGAGGCAAAGAAAGGACUGAGAAAGAAUUUGAAGCUUUAGCUAAAGGGGUUGGUUUUAGCGGAUUCCGCAAGGCUUGCUGUGCUUACCACACUUGGGUCAUGGAGUUGAACAAGUGAUUUGUUAAUUAUGUCUUGAAUAUUUUCUUGUAUAUGCUAAGAAAACUAUAAUCUCUAUUGGCUUAGGAAAUCAGGAUCUGGCUCCCCCUCCAGUAAGUUGAUCCCUCCAUUUUCUCCAGAUGGCUAUUGAAAUUGUUACACUACUUGAUAUCUAUAUAUACGCAAUGACAUGGAAUGCUUUU